AUGCCCAUGGCUAGGGAUUCAGGAUGUAAUAGUCCAUCAAAAAGUCAUGUGGUUUAUCAUCAUUCCCGUCAUUUUUCUUGCCUGGUUGCAGAAUUCCUGACAAGUGAGCUGCAAGCUGCCAAGAUUAUCGCCAGCCGACCCCAGAAGGUGGAGGCCAUGCAAGUGGAUAAAGAGUGCGGAUGGCACGUAUCUAGCCAGCACCUGAAGAACAUCUGCGUGGGUCUGAAGCUAAAGAAGCCCCCGGCAGGUGUCAACGAGGUCCAGUUAUUCAAUCAGAUAGAGCAAAGUAUACGAGAAAGACUAGGCAGCAUGGGCACUGAAGGGGCGGGCAAGCCUAUCCUGAAGAAACAGCUCACGGAGCAACAGUGGGCCAAAUUGGGAAAGAUCAAUGAUCGUAUGAGGAAGGAGUACAGUCUGCGCAGGCAGAUGUUACUGAAGCGUCUUGAUGUCACCAUACAGUCUUUCCAGUGGGGAGAAAGGAUUAAGGGCAAAAUGCAAGACGAUUUAGCAGCUGCCUAUCGACCCAAACGGGGCAAGCUUGCUGCAGACAGUCCGGUUACCAUAGCAACGCUCAUGGCUGCUAGAGAAGAUUUGGCAAAGCUUAGAAAGACCAGCAGUGGGUCAGUCAGGAAGAACACAAAGUCUGCCAUCCACAAAGUCAUCAUGGGACAUGCACAGUUGAAAUACUGA